GAUAAGCGGCUGGUCAAAAGUUUUGAGGGGAAAAAAGUUUUUUGUUUUGUUUUUAUUAGCAUUUGAGUAAAACAGGAUAACAGUCGUAGAGGGUGUUCAUGAACUCACCAUGGGUCGAGCAGAUUUGUGACCGUCCACAUUUCGACGUGGAAGUUGGGUAUCUUUGCUGAAAACAGUCCUCUGAGACAUGUACUUCAACCCACAGGAGUCCAGGCUCUGAAGCUAUCAUAAUGGCAACGCAGUUUAGUAUCGAUGAUGCCUUUGCGCUAGAGGGUGAGGAGGAUGGAGCUGUAUCCGAUGCAGAGACAGAAAGAUGGAAGUGCAGAGAUAAAGACAGGGAAGUAGGAGAGAUCACAUUUGGUCCUCUGUCUUUCACCAAACCUCAGAGUCAUCCAUUGCCUGCUGCAGGAGGUAACCCAGACCAUAGCAAUCUUAAGUAUCAGAAUCUGGAAAAUGAAGACAUUCUGGGCAACAGUGGCAAUUCGUCCUUCAAUAACUUCUUCAAAAUCAGCGAUCCUGCAACUCUGUCUUACUGCAGCUCACAGUGGUCUUUCAGCACAUUGAGUUCUGUCACACAGCUGUCUGCGCACUGCUGCGGGUGGAUGUCUCAUCCCCUGGUAAAGAAGAAUAGAAGGGUGGUUCUUGCUUCAUUUCUUCUCCUUAUCACUGGAGUUGCUCUUAUUUUCACUGGAAUCAUCAUCCAGUUGAACCAAAAUGCAGGUGUUUCGAGUGCAAUUUUCUUUGUACCUGGUUUUCUCCUCUUCAUUCCUGGAGUAUACCAUGUGAUAUACAUCAGUUGUGCUGUCCAUGGGAGAAGAGGCUUCAAGUUCUUCUACCUUCCCUAUUUUGAAAAAUGACAUUUCAUGUUACACUACAUCAUGUCUACAUAUCUCGUGUCUUUUUGCUACCAAUAUCAUUAAUUAUGAAUUUGUUACUUUAAAUGAAUUUUCCAAAGAUGGAUGUUUUUAAAUGUUUAUAUCCUGUCAUUAUGACCACUACUAACUCAAACACUCACUGCUUGAUUAUGUUUCCACUACAAAGAUCCUCUGUGUUUGUGUGUGGAAGAGAGGGAGGGUUACUUUGCCUGUGUUUGUAAUGUGAUGUGUGAAUAUUGACUGUGAAAAAUAAUAAACCUUUUGUAUAUUAC